CACUGGACCUUAAACUUUACCAAGCGCUGUUGUGUUUGUGUGUUGAUCUUUAGGAGCAACCACCGUGCUGGUGAAAGUACCGGGCUCUCAGUGGGGAGUUUCAAGAGGUGUGCUUUUUACUUUCUAGUUUGCCUGGAUUGGAUUUAACUUGUUUGAGCACCUGCACAGCCCUGCUCUACCGCUGCUUCCCAACCAGCAUUGUUUCCAACUUUCAAUGGAUUGAAGACGUCUCCUCCCACCCCACCUAGAAGCAAAGCAAUGUUUAAAAAGUCUCCAUCUCCACAGGACGAUGCAAGGAAAGCUGCCUCCCCCGCCUGACAGAUCUCAGUCAGCCCAGCACUUCAUUUGGUGAACUCCUUUUCUUUUGAUCUGCUUUAAUCGCUCGGUCUAGGUCUAGGAAGAUUAAAUCUUUCAUUUUGAGAGCCACACAGACUGCUUCUAAAUGCAUCUAAAACUUGAUAAUGGCUUAUACACCCCGGGGCUCGGUCACUGAGCCCCACAGUAACCCAUGGGAGGAGGGGUAGAUGGGUGGAAGAGCAGGACACACAAUUCUGAUGUUUGUGUGGGCAGGUUGUCAGCUCCAGGUAGAACCUAGCUCUGUGUCUAGGAUCAGUCAUCUUCAAAGUGAGCUCCUCCCUGUAACAAUUACUCAGCUGUGAUAAAGAGUCUUUUACCCAAGGAUCUCAAAUCACUCGACAAAGGCAGAGAUAGAUGCAGGAGAGAAGAUACAGAGAUUUGACUAUCAAAGUUUACAAAAGGAGCCAUUUAAAAAAAUAAUCACUGUCUCUGAUAGGCGUUUGUUUUCAUGGGUUGCUUGUCUUUAGGGGUUCAUGGAUCUGUCUCGGUCAUUAUUACAGCUGGAGCUGGUGGCCUGUGAAACCCUGGACACAGGUCCCCUUAUUUUUUUAAGCUAUUGCUAAGGCUGAAUAUAGCCUUGAAAAUGUGGCCCAUCUUCAUAACACCAAGCACUAGAAACCAACUUCAAGACAAAUUUGCUAGGGUUAAAAGUUCAGCCACUGAUGGGUUUUUCCCCCCUAGCCUCCCACCAUAGCCAGCCUCACCUGGCCUUUGAGACUCCUGAGAACCACAGGUAUAGGGCCAGUGAGGUUUCUUGGUAAGGAAAAAGUCUGACUGAUUCAUGGCUGUGCAUCCGGACUGCCCCUUGUGAGCCUAGCGCUGGAAGCUUUGGGACCACCUGUAUCAAGUUUGUUCCAAGAGCCCAAACCAGUGUAUUGACGGAAGAGCUUUCUCAGGAGGUCAGGUAUUGGGGGGGGAAACAGGUUGGAGCGCUAUGACCAGUAUUUAGGAUAGGGACUCUGGAGUUCACAGUGCUGCUACGAGAGGCCACCUGACAUUGUGACUGUGGCCACAGCAGCUCAGGCUGUUGAUGAGUCUAUGGAUUAGACUUGGUCUACACCUAAGUUAGGUCAGCACGUUGCCCUGUGGUUGGCCACACUCCUGCGUGACAUUGCCAUGGCAACCUAGCCCGCACGGUGGCUGCAGCUGUGUUGACAGAAGAAUGCUUCCAUCGCUGAAGCGCCUGUCUGUUGGGGAAGUGGUGUCCUACACUAAAGGAAAACCCCCAUUUCUGUUGGUGUUGGUUGUGUCUAUACCACUGCGUUAUACUGGCCAAUACACUGACGGAGCUAUGCCGGUACAGCCCCCCCGUACUGUACAUGUACCCGUAGGGUUAGACUCCCAUUAGGAUUCUUUUAAGCAUGUUAAGCUUGAAUGAUUGGAACAGGGGUGCAGUAAGGGUUAAACUGGAGCCACGUCUCCUGCUACACUGAGUGGGAAAUCGAGGCCUGGGGCCUAACUCUUUAGAGUGUACGCAGCUAAUCAUCCGAGGGCCCUGGAGCGCACUGUCAAUGCCUUUUGAACAGGGUUCUCUCUUCUUUGCAGAACAUGGCCCCGAGAAGAACGCAGCAGGUGGGGGCGGGGCCGUCCACGGAGCAAGCCUACAUCUACAAGGUGGUUCUGCUGGGGAGCACGGCCGUGGGAAAGUCAAGCAUAGCCUUCCGCUAUGUGAAAAAUGACUUCAGGGAAUCCUUGCCCACUGUGGGAUGUUCUUUCUUCACCCAGCUGGUAUGUUUAGAGACUGCCACGAUCAAGCUUGAGAUCUGGGACACUGCAGGACAAGAGAAGUACCAUAGCGUUUGCCAUCUUUAUUACAGGGGGGCGAACGCUGCCCUUCUUGUAUAUGACAUAGCCAGAAAGGCAACUUUUUCAAGAGCAAAGCUAUGGUUGAGGGAAUUAGAGAAGGAAUUUCUUCCCGAUGAGCUCGUGAUUGUUUUAGUCGGCAAUAAGACAGAUCUUGCUGCUCAGCGGGAAGUCACCUUUGAGGAGGCGGAGGAGUUUGCAAAGAGCAAAAGCUUAAUUUACAUGGAAACGUCGGCAAAAUCCAACCACCAAGUGACCGAGGUGUUUAUGGCCAUAGCUCACGAGUUACUGAAACAGGAACAACAGAAGGAACCAGCCCUUCAGCCUCAGCCCUGGAAGAAGUCACGUGUGGACCUGCGAGAGCCAAGCAAUCACACUAAAAAGUGUUGCAUGAACUAAAGGAAAUGGCAGACUGACCUAAGGUUACCAUCAAGUGUGUUUUUAUUUUGCGGGGGGGAGGGAGGGAGGGAUGUAUUGUGUGCAGGCAGCAUGGUUCUAGGGGGCAGCUGGUGUGUCAGACUGUGAUUAUUGCUUUUAUUUUUUAUUAUUGUCAAUGUUCGAUUGAAGAACUGUACGAGAGGAGAUAUUGCCGAAUGCAAGGAACCUGAAAAGCACUGCAAGUCUCCUCUUGCUUGUUUGUUCAGUGUUAUCGUUAUACAAGAAUACAGUGCAAAGUAGCUUCACAAAUAAAAACAGCAAAAAGGAGGAGGUGACUCUCUCUUCCC